AUGGCGUGGUAUAGAAGAGGAAAGCUCGUUGUUGAUGGUUUUCACACCUUGGCUUCGAGGGUUUCAUCUCAAAAAUCAAUUUUUCAGCCAAGUUCAAGAAUUCUCCAAUCUGGGUUUAAAGGUGCUGAAGGUGCUAGCUUUAAUGGGUUUUCUUCGUUUUCUUCAAUUUCUAAGAGAUUAGGUAAAGAGGGUUUUGAAGUUAAUAAGAAUUUUAGGAGAUUUUACUAUGUGGAUCCUCGAAAUGUGCAGCAUUUUAGGGCAAGAGGGCCGAAACGUUGGAUUCAGAAUCCUAGACAUGUGUUGAUUGCUGUUGUAGUUGGUUCAGGUGUUUUUGUUACUGUGUAUUUUGGAAAUAUGGAAACUGUUCCUUAUACGAAGCGCACGCAUUUGAUUUUGAUGUCGAGAGCGAUGGAGAAGAAGCUUGGGGAGAGUGAGUUUGAGAAGAUGAAGGUGUCUUUUAAGGGGAAGUUGUUGCCUGCAAUACAUCCUGAGAGUGUGAGAGUGAGGAUGAUAGCGAAUGAUAUUGUUGACGCGUUGAAGAGAGGGUUGAGUAAGGAGAAUGUGUGGAGUGAUUUAGGGUAUGCUUCGGAGAAUACUACUGUGAGUGAAGAGAAUGGGAGGGAGACACUUAGUGCGUUGACGGAUAAUGAAGGGAAAGUUGAAGGGAAUUGGCACCGAGAGGACGAGGUUCUUGAUGACAAUUGGGUUCAUAAGAGUAGGAAAAAAGGUUCGCAGCCUGAUACGGGGCAUUUAGAUGGAUUGAAUUGGGAGAUUUUGGUUGUGAAUGAGCCGGUUGUUAAUGCCUUUUGCUUACCCGGUGGGAAGAUAGUUGUAUUUACGGGUUUGCUUGAACAUUUUCGAAGUGAUGCAGAGAUAGCAACUAUUAUUGGACAUGAGGUUGGACAUGCUGUGGCUAGACAUAGUGCUGAGGGCAUGACAAAGAAUCUGUGGUUUUUUAUUCUGCAAUUGGUACUUUAUCAAUUCGUCACGCCUGAUAUUGUCAACACAAUGUCAUCUCUUUUUUUACGGUUGCCUUUCUCCAGACGGAUGGAAAUAGAAGCUGAUUACAUUGGACUUCUAUUAGUUGCAUCGGCGGGCUAUGAUCCGCGCGUGGCACCUAAAGUCUACGAGAAGUUGGGAAAAGUCACAGGCGAGUCUUCGCUUAGAGAUUAUCUCUCUACUCAUCCAUCUGGAAAGAAAAGAGCAGAGUUGCUUGCUCAAGCUCAGGUAAUGGAAGAAGCUCUUACUAUGUAUAAGAAUGUACGAGCUGGACGCGGGGUUGAAGGAUUUCUUUAG